AUGGCGAUUCAGCCCGAGUUUGAGCAGGAGGACCCGUGCGCGGUCUACACACGCGAGCACGCCGCUCAUACCCCGCGCGCGAUUUCGCGCGAAAGCGCACAGCAGAAGUUGGUGGAACUCGACAAGUGGGAUGCCUGGGAAGCAUUCUUGGAGAAGACAGAUCCCAGGAAGCGCGUCGAGAAGAAGUUUGAGAAGUAUACCUGGAGUUUUGGCAUCGACGAGGAUGACGAAGGCUUCACAAGAGACUGCGUGAUUCUCGAGGUGGCGGCCACCAGGGAGACGGAGCCCAGACAUGUGCAGGCGAAACUGACGUCUAAGCAUUUGCGCCUCACCCUGCAUGGAGACCUCAUCAUUGACGACGACUUCAGUGACGAACGCUGGCUCAGCGUGGAGGAGGGGACUCUUAUUGGGAGCUGGAGACCAAGACCAACAAGUCUGGAGAAAGGAUCAAAAACAUCAGGUUUGCGAGAAACUGAGGUACAAAAUACAUUACGAAGACGCUCUUCGAACAGGAAAGACAGGACAGCUGCGAGGACAGCGAUGAUGACACGGCUGAUGCCAGGAUCAAGAUGA